GCGCUGAACGUCUGAAAUUGUCGACGCCUGGAAAAAUGUAUCUGGAGCAAUCUCGACAAUCCAAGCAGACUGCGAAUAUGCAGCUCAGCAAUAGAUAACACGAGUGGACCGGAAUUUCAAUUCAACUCGCGACCUUGAACUUGAACAUCUUGGUCUAAAAAAACAGGAACGGCGGGAGCGUAGCAUCACAUGUCACGUGGGGUAAGGGCGAUCGACCUCACCAAACAACAAUCCUCGUUAAUUAUAGGGCAUAGCUAGCAUAUCAUCAUUCAAACGAGCAAGAGUUCUAGUUACUUCGCCGAUAUUUGUGGCGUCGGUGAACCUGUCCACCUGCAUCACGUUUGAGAUGACUUGCUGCUGACCAUUUCCGAACGCCUCCGACGAACAUGGGUGGUGUGCCGUUCAAAUCAACAGGGUGCAAUACUUGCCGACGGCGAAAGGUCAAGUGCGAUGAGGCGAAGCCGGAAUGUAUGAAAUGCGUCAAGAAUGGCCAUGUGUGCACGGGCUAUGAGAGAAACAGGGUCUUCAUCCACAAAACCUCCGGGAACGAUACCCAGAAGCUUGUUUGUCGAUCAAAGCCAGCGACAGGAAGCUCAAAAAAGCCUCAGCCAAUCGAGGUGGCUUCUGAGAUACCUCAUCUCAAUGCCAACCCUCAGGUCCGAUCGCAGCUAGCUGCGUCAUUCAUCGACAGCUAUCUUCCUCCGGGACAAUACAUAACCGGAAAGAAUCUCUUUGAGACUUUGCCUGAUCUUGCUGGACGGAGUCAACUUUUGGACAAAGCAAUUAUAUCCCUGUCAACUGCCUUUGUUGCGACGCAGCAGCGUGAUGAUCGGCUUCUACAAUAUAGCACGAGACUGUACGGCAAUGCGAUGGAAACUUUGCAUGGCAGGAUCAUGUCAGGGAACAAUCUAAGCAAAGAUAUUCUAUACACCACGGUGAUCUUUCAGGUAUACGAAUUAAUCAAUUGUUCCCCUCCUGGGUUCGGAGCAUGGCUGGCUCAUGUACAAGGAAGCAAUGCGAUAAUGGGUCAGCUUAAAUUUGUCACGGACACGGCUGAUCCAGAGCCUGUGGAUGAGUUUAUCGACAUGUUGAUUGAAUGCACUGCUCUUUUGGAGCAAGUUGACCGUCUUAUCCAAAAUGAGAAUUCGGAUUUUGAAUAUACCCGGAAGACAGGCGAACGUCUAAUGCAAGCUUGUCUGUCUCUUGAGGAGAAGCUUCACAGGACUUGUCUUGCAAUGCAGGGGAAGCUUGGGGCGCCGUCGUCGCUUAAAUGCGAUGCGUCUUCUAAACAGAACUGGAAGUCAUCCAUUUCUUUGGAUGUCUUUCCUGAUGCCGUCCACUUCCCCUCCCUGACCUGCGCAGAAUCCCAUUUGUUGUAUUGGACUGCAUUGGUUCUGAUUUAUCCGCUAUUUGACCAGCUUCUCGAUCUGCUUGGUCAAACUGGCAGCAGCAUGGCAUCUCCAAUCACAUCUCCCUCUCUCAGCGGAGGGCCGAUAAGCCCAAGUCAAUCCGUCGAGUCUCAAUGUGAGGCAGAUUUCACCACCCUUGCGGACCACUUCGCCAGUGAGAUCUGCCGAUCGGUUGAGUAUUUCAUACAGCCAGAUAUGAAGACAUUGGGGGCCCAACUUCUGCUAGCUCCUCUGAGCCAAAGCACGCAGUUUUUCUAUGUUCAGGAGUCGACUGAAAAACACCGAUGGUGCCAGGGGGUGUUUGUGCUUAUGGGCCAGCUGGGACUUGGCAUCGCUCCUUUACUGAAAGACAUGGUUUGGCCAGAGUACCGUGCAGCCCAGAAGAAAAAACCUUUAGCUCCACCGCGCCCGGUUGAAGCGAUUUCAUGA